AUGUCUACAAUUAUCCUUCCUGGUGAUGAUAUACAUGUAUUUGAGGACCGCCAAAUUUCUCUGGGGCCAGGAAUGUACUGCAAUCCUGCUACCGAAGAAAUAGAAGCAGUGAAUGCCGGCGUUGAAGUCAUCUCGGAAACUAAGAAGGGGCAGGCAGUGUAUGUUGAUUAUGAUUGUAAGCGAUAUGUUCCUUCUGUAGGUGAUUUGGUGAUUGGUAUAAUUGUUGGGCAGUAUUCGGAUAAUUAUAAGGUAUCAUUGUCCAAUUUUUCCUCUUCGGUCUCAUUAUCAUAUAUGGCUUUCCCAAAUGCGACAAAGAAGAAUAAACCAACACUGAAGGUUGGUGACUUAGUUUAUGCCAGAGUACGUUUUGCAGAAAAAGAGCUUGAGUCGGAGAUAGAAUGUGUGGAUUCCACGACAGGACAGGAUGGUGGAUUUGGGCUACUUGAUGGAGGCAUGCUUGCGGAAAUUAAACUGGCCUAUGCACGGAGUCUUAUGUUUGAUGAGAAGUUUCCAUUGUUGCCAUUACUAGCAAAAUUCGUACAGUUUGAGGUGGCCAUCGGUAUCAAUGGUAUAAUAUGGAUCAAGUGCGAAGAGGUUAAACACACCCUAGCAUGUUACAGAUCAAUUUUGGAGUGCCAAAAAGUGCCAACCUCAAGUUAUAAAGCUAUUGUAAAAGAAAAUUUUGGCAAAAUUGUAAACACAGUGGAAGACGAUAAUCAAUAG